AUGAAGGGAUUAUCACACCCAGCCAAAACAUUCUACUGUUUUGUGGUUCUGUUAUGUUCCUUCUAUUGCUUUGCUGAUUAUGGACCAUACUGUGCGAAUUGGAUACAAAAUCAGCCAGAAUGUGAUGCUUGUGUGUCAUUUGGGGAAGGUUACAAGUUGGAUUUUUCAGAUAGCUUCGAUAGUGACACUAAUGUGGGCUAUGGGGUUCCAACUGCCCACAAUAGUAUUGAAAGCAUGUGCCGAAAUACUCAUACAUUCUGCUUUCCUUCGACAAUAUCUGGAUAUUCAGACCAACAGAGAAGUCUGAAAGAAGCUUCUUUAGAAGAUUCUAGUAGUAAGUACAAUGGUCCAUUUGGCGUAGAACUAACUCAAGAUAGCCACCAGGCAAGUAACAGAAGUUGGUCAUCUGACUAUGGUAUGUUUGAGCUACUUAACGGGGGAGUCGUUUCUUGCUCUUUGAACUCAAGAGAAGGAAUUAAUGAUGCUCCAUUAUUUGAAACUGAGGGUGGUCAUAAAGAUGAUCUUUCUUCCUGUGGAGGAGCUUUAUUUUGGCAGAAGGCAAUACCUUCCUCGCCAAAGAACUCCAAGAUGGUUGAAUCCAGUUUCUUCUCACCCAAUGUAAGAAUUGGCCCUACUGUGCUGGACUGGGGACAAAAUUGUUAUUCUUUUGUUUUCUUCCCUAGAUGCCUGGGCCUGUCUUCAGCUCACUUGAUUUUGCAAACAAGUUAUGGCGGAUUCUUUGUGGAGGCUAAAGGGUAUGCGACUGAAUCUCCCUAUGGUAUUCAGCCCCUGCUAGGUCUGGAAAUUUCCCCCGGUGGAAUGUUGAGCAAGAAUUUUUCGUUGUUCAACUCCUUUGAUGAAACCAUAUAUGUUGAUGAAAUAACUGCUUGGAUUUCAGUUUCAUUGGGGCAUAAUUCUGUUGAAACCGAAGCAAUUUGUAGUAUAAAUAAUAUUCAUGCUUUUGAUAACCUACUCUUCCCGAUUAUUAAGGAUCGAUUGGUUGUGAAGAGUGGCCAAAUUGAUUCACCUGUCGUAGCAAUUAGGCCCCAUCGAAACUGGGAGGUUAGUCCACAUAGCUCUGAAACUCUCCUAGAGAUAGAUAUUUCUGUGGGAACGGAGGGAAAAGUAUUUGGUGCAUUUUGCCUGCAUUUACUCAGAUCUUCACAAGAACAGUCUGAUACUAUCAUGGUUCCUAUUGAGGCUGCAGUAGUUAGCAAUUCUGCCCGUGACACUGUUGGUAUACAUAUUUCAGCAAGUCUCGAGGCUCUAACUCCAUGUGAUGGUGGUGAAACUGUUAUCAUUAUCUCCAUAAGAAAUGAUGCCCCUUAUCUUUCAAGCUUUGUUAAAAUUGUAGAAGUUGCUGACUCUCAGAUUUUUCACAUCAAAUAUGUGGAAGGCUUGCUACUUUUCCCCAGCACAGUUACACAAGUUGCAAUUAUUUAUUGUAGUCAGCUGCGCACCAAAUUACUUGACUUGUCACCUGGAGAGUCUAACUUGCGAGAUAACUGCAAGCUUCUCAUUCUUACAAAUGACUCAACUAGUACCCAAAUUGAAAUUCAGUGUGAGAACAUACUACAUAUAUGUUUUGGUGAUCGCUGGCUUUCAUCUAUUGGAUUAGAGCAUGAGACUAAGUACAUCGAAUUGGGAGAUCUAGGGGCAGGUUAUGUGGCCAGAAGCAUGGAAGUGCCACCACAUGUUAAGGAUAUAGGGACAGCAGAUGUUGAUGAAUUAGUUCUUGGAAACUGGAUGUCUCAAGGGAAAACAAGUGGCAUGUCUGUGCUUGAAAACCUUGAUGUGUUAUUCCCAGUGAUUCAAGUUGGAAGUUUUGUCCCCCAGUGGAUCACUGUAAAAAACCCUAGUGAGCAUCCAGUUGUAAUGCAGCUUAUCUUGAAUGCUGGAGAAAUAAUUGAUGAAUGCAGGGGUCCAGAUGGAUUAGUAAGCCCAUCUUCGUCUGGUAAUUUGGUUUUAGAUGAGUCCACAACUCCAACAAAGUAUGGAUUCUCAGUACCUGAGGCUGCAGUAACAAAGGCUUUUGUACACCCUUAUGGUCGUGUAUCUUUAGGGCCAAUAAUUUUUUACCCAUCAGAUAGAUGUGGGUGGAGUGGUUCAGCAUUGAUAAGGAACAACCUUUCAGGCGUUGAGUGGUUAUCUCUAAGGGGAUUUGGAGGGUCAGUUUCCCUAGUCAUGCUUGAGAAGUCUGAGCCUGUUCAGAGUUUAAAUUUUGAUAUUGAAAUGGCCGGGCACCUCAAUCUUUCUCUUCCAUAUGCCUUACUUCACGUUAAAGAGAUGGCUUCAGCCUGUUCACAUUCAUUAGUGAAAGAGCUCUAUGCCAAGAACACAGGAGACUUACCAUUGGAGGUGUUAGGUAUCAGAGUUUCUGGGAGGGAAUGUGGAUUGGAUGGUUUUAUGGUUCAUUCUUGUAGAGGUUUUGUUUUGGAACCUGGGGAGUCAACGGAGCUUCUGAUAUCUUACCAAAGUGAUUUUUCUGCAGCCAUGGUGCAUCGUGAUCUUGAACUUGCCUUGGCUACUGGUAUUUUUCUGUUACCCAUGAAGGCAAGUUUCCCUCAUGAUAUGCUGAGUAACUGCAAGAAAUCCAUGUUUUGGGUGCGAGUGAAAAAACUCUUUCUGGGAUUCUUUCUCCUUACAUCCUUACUUUAUGUGGUAUUCUGCAUCAUAUUUCCUCAAACCACUGCACAUGGCUCCUUGGACUUCAUGUGUAAGGGUGAUGACAAUAACAAUAUCCCCACCACUGUGAAAAAUGCGUGGUAAAACC